AUGUCGACAUUUGAUGAUGAUGAUGAUUUUUUUGCAGAUAUUUAUGAUGGAUCUAACGAACCACCAAAAUCGGAUGUAAAAGAAGAAAAAGAAGACCGAGUUGAGUCUUUACCUCAUCCACAGAACGAAUUACAUGUGCAAAAUGUUGAUACUCAGGCUCAAUCUAACAACGAUGAUAAUGUUUUACUUAGACAUGUUAAUUUGGAACCAGAACCACAGCUAAGUGAAAAUGAUGCUGAAGCUACCACAAAUGCCAAGCGAGAUGGGAGUGCAACAAAUACAGGUCAAAUUUAUAUUCCUCCUAAGGACGAAGGGAAAAUGUUUGUUGGAGGUUUAAAUUGGGAAACCACCGAUGUUAUGAGGGAUAACAUGACUGGUCGCUCUAGAGGAUUUGGGUUCCUUACAUUUGCUGAUCCAAAAUGUGUUAAUGAUGUAAUUUCAACAGAACAUUUCUUAGAUGGUCGAAUUAUUGAUCCUAAAAGAGCCAUUCCCAGAGAGGAACAAGAUAAAACAGCCAAAAUUUUUGUGGGGGGUGUUGGAUUGGAUGUUACGGAGGACGAUUUCAAUUCAUUUUUUUCACAAUAUGGAACUGUUAUUGAUGCUCAACUUAUGAUUGAUACUAAAACUGGAAAGCCAAGAGGAUUUGGUUUUAUUACGUUUGAUUCUCAUGAAGCGGUUGAAAAGAUAGUAAGCGAGCCUGUUCUUAUUUUGAAAGAAAAACAUAUUGAAGUUAAAAAGGCGGAGCCUCGUUCAAAGGAUCAAAAUGGAAAUUUUAUACCCAAUUCUCACUCCCAGUCAAACACGCAGACUGACUCAAAUAACAGGUUUAACAACUAUAAUAAUUAUAUGGGAUAUAGUAUGAAUGGUAUGAACUCUGCAUCUAUGCCUUCAAUGAGUGGUACAAUGAAUGGCUCAGGAAUGAAUUCAUCUACUUCUGGAAUGAAUCCUGCAAUGGCUCUUCAGCAUUAUAGAAAUUGGCAACAGUAUUUUGAUCAAGCUGAAACAGUUUUGAUUAAUCAAGGGGCACAGAAUAACCCUACAGGUGUACAACAACUUCAAAAUAUUAAAGCAAUGAAACAGAAUCUUCUUACUCAAAUGAAGACAUUUGGCUUGAACCCAAAUUUGUUAAAUAACUCAGAUAAUACCCAAUCUCAAGAUAAUUCUCAACCUUCUUCUGAAACCAAAUAUUCAGCUCAAAGUGAAUCUGGUUUUGGGAGCUUCGGUGAAUCUUCUAAUAAGUUUUCUGGUGAUAACAAGGCCAUUUUUAGCAGCGGUAAUGAGUCCCAUGAAAAUAAUAGAGGUAAAAUAGUUGGAGGUGUUUAUAACAUUGGUAACGGGAUUGAUAAUGAACCUGGAAGAUAUCAUCCUCGUGGUCCUAAAGGAUUUAAUCAGCAAUCUUACAAUUCUUCUCAAAAUGAAUCCAAGCAUUUUAAUGGCAAGGGGAGUGCUGCAAUUACUUUAGUUCAAGGGGAAAAUAAUUCUUACUCAGAUAUUCCUAGUUCUAAAUCUGAAAAUUAUUCAAAUAGCUCUGAAGUCAAUCACCGUGAUCGUGAUCGCGACCGUGAGAGCGAUACACAAAAUGGUAAAUACACACGAAAUCGUUAUCCUCGAGACCAAAUGAGAGAAAAGAGGCAUAGAAGUCGAUAUGAAAAUGAAGAGGAAAGUGUGGAUAACGAAGACGAGCGUGACCCCAACGAUAAGUCUAAAACUUCAUCUCACUCUCAUCGUUCAUCAAGAGAUAAGUCUCAUAAAUCACGUGAUAUGUCAUUGGGUGCAAGAAUAAGAGAAGAUUCAAGGGAAGGUCCUAGUAGAAAAAGACAUCGUGGAGAAGAUGACCGAGAUGCUUCCUCUAGUCGUCAUCAUAGGAGCAGUAGUCGCGAGAAAGACCAUCGGACCUCACGCCACAAGGAAGGUGGCAGCAGCAGUAGCAGCAGCAGCAGUAAGCACCAUCGGAGCAGUAGAAGAAGCAAGGAAAAUCGUGGAAGUGAUGAUUCUAGUAAUUCUAGCAGAAAGGAUUUAAAAGAAAAGGAAUCUAAAGAAAUCAAAGAUCGUCGUUCGAAAUCCCCCCCUCUAAAUGCUCCUACAGGGCCCCGAGGUGCUUCAGGAACAUCAUCAGCACGCUCUGGAUCAGGUAAAGGUUACUCAAGAAGAUACCGAUCGAACAGGCAGUACAGUCGAAGCUGA